CAAUCUUUAUCAGCUUAAUUGUAACCUCAACAUUCAAUUCACCCCUCACACACAAUGCCCUUCUAACAACUGCAUGCUACUUUCCUUGUCUGCAUUAUUGCAAUGCCAUUGGCUUGCCCCCUGAAUGUUAAGCAUUGCAUAAUGCAAUCACUGAUCUUUGCAAUUCUAGAGGUUGACGAAAUGCCUCACAAGCAAUUUUGCCUGAUAAUUCUCUAUACGUACUUCCAUAAAAAUGAUCAGCUAGCUUUUUCAACUUGAUGUGAUGGCAUGGCGUUCAAUCUCUACAAUAAACUUUGUUGAACGCAUAAUGUUGCGUAACUUGCUUAUGAACCUUGUCAAACUGUUAGUGUGUUUUUAGUUACUUUUUGAGCAGAAACAUGACAAGUUGACCUUUCUGAUUGUUCGGAAUUAUACAUUGUUUCAACUUGAACAUACACGGUUAUAUAUAUUUAUUGACUUAGUAUUAUUGGUUUUGUACGGAAAGUACUGUACAAAUCAUCAGUGGUUUAAUGACAAAUACAAUUGAAUCUGUUGCCGGGGUGGAAAUUCUGGAUCAGUUUCGUGAAAGAAUUUUCGACUUGAAGCAAGAUGACGACACAUUGUUGAGAUUCUUGAAAUACAAUGCAUAUAACAUUUCAAGGUCCGAAGAAAUGCUGAGGAAGAGCGUCAAAUGGCGUCAAGAGAAUGAUGUGGCAUCUUAUUUACACUGGAAACCACCAAAACCGGUUGCCGACGAUUUCAAGUUCGAAUGCAUCGGAGAGGACAAUGAUGGUCACGCCGUAAUUUACCUACCAAUUGGAGGAUGGUCCACAAAGAAAGUAAUGGAAAUGGGCUACAGAGACGACAGCUUUCAAUUUCGAUUUCAUCUGUUCGAAACCAUUAUGGCAUCCAUUGAGAAAACGAGAAAAACUAAAUUUGUCAUGAUCAUGGACAUGGAAGGAUUAACAUACAAAAAAUGCAUGCAUUAUGAGACUGUUCAAAUGCUAUCAUUAGCGUUCAAGGACUUUGAAGAAAAUUUUCCUGAAAAAUUAAGAGCGUGCUACAUCAUAAAUGCUCCUUGGAUUUUUACCUACAUUUACAACACAAUGAAACAUUUUCUAUCGUCAAAGACUUUAAAUAAGGCAAAAGUGUUUAACGAAGACAUUCAUAAAUGGAGACCGUUUCUAUUAGAUCGUUUUCCCGUAAAUCUUUUAAACAAAAUCUGGAACCCAAUGAACUCUACAAUUGAAAUUAACAAUGAGACGUAAUGCAUACAUAUUGCAUUCGAUAUGCAUAAAAUUAUCCAAUCAUUUAAAAUGCACUUAAUAAUUUCAAUAUUCAGUUACCAGUAUUAACAUGAAUCGUGUUUUAAAUUUAUAAGUGUUUGUUACGGAUUGUGCUUGUUUAAUUAUUUAUAAUUUCCUGGUGAUACUUUAAUUAAUAUAUUUGACCCCACCGGUUGGGUGAGCUUAUAGAUUGAAGGCACCUGCAAUAUGCACGUAAAAAUAUUUCCAUACACACUAAAAGAUAUGAAUCUCGUUAAAUCUUGUCUUUAUCGUAUAAGCACGACUGAAAAAUUUGAAGAGACAUCUAACUUUAAUACACAUAAAAUUUAGCAUGCAUUUAGUUGCAAUUUGCUUCCCCGAAAUUUUACACCAAAGUAUUCAAACGCGAUAAAUGAAUAAACUUUGAUAAACAUGUAA